AUGAAUGGGGCAGAUCCUAAGCUCCUAGCUGUAGUCUUGGGUCUUACUUUCGUAACAUGGCGCUUUUUUAGCCGUAGGGCAAGUAAGAGCAUUUUAGACAAGAUUCCCGGGCCUCCUUCGGAUUCAUUCUGGGCGGGGAACAUGCGCCAAUUUGAUGCUCGUGAUGGAAUGGAAUUUCAGAGGCGAGUGGCAUUGGAUUAUGGACCAGUGUCAAAAAUACAUGGUCUUUUUGGACAACCUAUUUUGUACGUUUCCGACCCGAAAGCGCUGCAAUCUAUAAUUCUCAAGGAAGAGCAUAUUUUCCAAGAACCUCACUCGUUCAUUGUAACCAAUGGUAUUAUAUUUGGGCCAGGUUUACUUUCAUCACUUGGCGAGGCGCAUCGCAAGCAGAGAAAGCUGCUUAAUCCAGCCUUCUCCACUAACCACAUGCGUUUGAUGCUACCUAUAUUCUAUCGCGUUGUUCAUAAGCUUCGAGAUGCUAUUUCAACACAAGCCAAGGAUGGGCCUGAAGAAGUUGACAUACUGAAUUGGAUGGGACGUACUGCUCUUGAGCUAAUUGGACAAGGUGGCCUAGGAUACUCGUUUGACCCUCUUGUUGAGGACGUACAAAACGAGUACGGUAAUGCUCUGAAAGACUUGUUCCCAAGUUUGCAGCCUCUGAACACCUUCAUCCAUCUUGUUCCCUUAGUUGCAAAUAUCGGCCCUGCCUGGUUCAGAAGAUCAGUGACAAGUUUAAUUCCUUCUCGCCAACUCCAGAGGGUUCGAACCAUUGUAGAUACUAUGAGCGCUAAAUCUUCGGAAAUUUUUACUCUGAAGAAAGCGGCAAUUCGAGAGGGUAGUGAGUCACUUGUGCAACAAGUUGGAGAAGGCAAAGAUAUCAUGAGUCUUCUUAUCAAGGCAAAUGCAAUGACGUCGGAAUUGGAUCGCUUACCCGAGGAUGAACUCAUUGCUCAGAUGUCUACUCUUGUUCUCGCGGCGGUUGAUACGACAUCGAAUGCAUUAUCGCGUAUUCUGCACAUCCUGGCGGAGCGUAAGGAUGUACAAGACAAAUUGCGGAAGGAAAUUCUCGAGGCGAAUGCAGGUGAAGGGCUGUCUUACGAUGAGUUGGAUCAGCUGCCAAUCCUGGACAGUGUUUGCAGAGAGACGCUGCGAGUCUAUCCACCAGCACCAAUCAUAUUCCGCCAAGCAUACCAAGACACGGUAUUACCCCUAUCUGAGCCGAUAAUUGGUACAGAUGGUAGCUCGAUCAACGAAAUUCCCAUCCCAAAAGGCACAUUGCUCAUUGUGGGCGUCCUGGGCUGUAAUGCAAGCAAGGCACUCUGGGGAGAAGAUGCACGCGAAUGGAAACCUGAACGUUGGCUCUCUCCGCUGCCAGAUACUGUCACAAAGAAUUCCGUUCCUGGUGUCUACUCAAACUUAAUGACUUUCCUUGGUGGCAAGCGGGGAUGCAUUGGAUUCAAAUUCUCCGAAAUGGAAAUGAAGGUUGUAUUAUCGACCCUACUAUCCAGUUUCGGAUUCAACCUCGCCAAGAAGCCGAUUGAAUGGAAUGUUGCAGCAGUGCAAUAUCCCACCGCAGGGAAAGACAGCGGAGUGCCUGCGAUGCCGCUCGAGGUGGAAUUGCUGAAGGCAUAG